AUGAAAGCGGUGUACCAAGCUAUCAUACUUCUCGGUUUGUUUAAGCUUUUGAGCUCAAUAGAAUUAACGACAAUAAAUAACACAAUAUGUGUAGACUGUUCGAAGGACAAACAGGUUAAAUGCAUAAUUGAAGAUACAGGAUUUGAAUGUUUUAACGAGCACUCGAUGAAGGUAAUCAACGGAAAGUCAUUAAAACCGAAGCCUCCAAGUACCGAAAAUUUGGAUGUAUGCAUACCAAAAGACUUGAAGAUUCUUUGCAUUGAUGAGAGCAACUUUCUGAAAGUCAUCGUUUGGUCGCCAAAACUUGGAUGUCAAAUAGUCCACAGAGAGUACCCAAAUAGGGAUACGUGUUUCACUGCCAGUCUUAUCUGUCCGUGUGUUGAGACCCAAAAGGGAUCCGGAAAAGCGAAGGUCACCUAUAGUUUGCUACUUAUAGUAACCUUGUACUUAAUAAACUUGUGCAACCUAAGAUAA